GUGUGUAUGUGUGGUAGCGGUUCCUGUACAGGGAGCUAUACGGGAAGCUCCGCCAAAGCAGGCGGAGUCGGAAACGCGCAAAGCUCGAAGCUGUGCGCCUGAGACCCGGAGGAGCUGUGCGCUGUUGCCCGGGGAGCUCACAGCCGAGCUGCCGUGAACACUGGAGCGUCUCCGCCUAUCAGUUCAGCGUAAAACUUCCCCUUUCCCUUCGCCAGGCCCCACAUCCAUCCCUCCAUCCCUUUCUUUUAUUUUCGAAGACCAAAAAGCAGCAGCAGUUUCUCCGGGACUCUCCGGGUGUCUUCUCCUUGUGCUUUUAUAAACUCCUCUGAAAAUGGACGGUUUCGCCGGCAGUUUAGAUGACAGUAUUUCGGCAGCGAGUGUGUCGGACAUGCAGGACCGGCUGUCGUCUCUGGAGCUGCGUGUGCAGCAGCAGGAAGAUGAGCUCACCGUGAUGAAGGCCGCGUUGGCUGACGUGCUCCGACGUCUCGCGCAGUCUGAGGACAUGGCUGCCAAGAAGCAGCAGAUCACCAAAGGUUCGACGCCGCUGCGCGAGGCUUUCUCCAUGUCCUGUAUCGCUAACGGUGGCUCCAGCGGCCUCAAAUCUCACCGAGGCAGCUCCAACGUGUCCGUAGCCAGGAAAGAGACGCUGUCCUCUGCAGCCAAAAGCGGCACGGAGAAGAAAAAAGACAAGCCUCUGCUAGAGGAGAUCAAGGAGAAGGAAGAACCACCACAAGCUAACGAUAAACCCCCUUCAACACCCAGCACACCACAGGCACCGUCCCCUUCCAGCCAACCCCCUUCCCCUCAUCCCUUGCAGCCCCAGAGGGCCACCCAUGAGAGCAAAGGGUUCUCCCCAGCCAAAAGGGGCCACAGUGCAAAGCGUAGUGGAGGAAUGGAGCGCUCACAGAGCACCACAUGGGAGAGUGGCGAGGAGAACAGGAACAAGCUGGUGAAAGCUGCCUCCACUUCCAAACUGCUGGCCAAAGUUGUGAAGAAUGCAGAGAAACACAGAGAUCCAGUUAUCAGCCAAGCCAAAAUGUCGACUCGUGAGAAAAACAGUCAAGAGGGCGACUAUAUCAAGAUGUUCAUGCGCGGACGACCAAUCACCAUGUUCAUCCCGUCUGAUAUAGAGAACUACGACGACGUGCGAACUGAGCUUCCCUCAGAGAGACUCAAGCUGGAGUGGGUAUACGGCUACAGGGGCCGAGACUGCAGGGCAAACGUGUAUUUGUUGCCCACUGGGGAGAUCGUCUAUUUUAUCGCCUCAGUGGUGGUGCUGUUCAACUAUGAAGAGCGAACACAGCGUCACUACCUAGGGCAUACUGACUGUGUGAAAUGUCUCGCUGUUCACCCGGAUAAGAUCCGCAUCGCUACAGGACAGAUCGCAGGAGUGGACAAAGACGGCAGGCCACUGCAGCCACAUGUGAGAGUUUGGGACUCUGUCACUCUGCAAACACUGCAGAUCGUUGGCUUGGGCACCUUUGAAAGAGGAGUGGGAUCCCUCGCUUUUUCUAAAGCAGACUCGGGCAUCCACCUCGGUGUGGUGGACGACUCCAAUGAGCACAUGCUGACUGUGUGGGACUGGCAGAAGAAGUCCAAAAUUGCUGAGAUUAAGACUACCAACGAGGUUGUCUUAGCCGUUGAGUUCCACCCAACAGACGCAAACACAAUUGUCACCUGCGGCAAAUCACACAUCUUUUUCUGGACGUGGAGCGGCAACUCUCUGGCUCGCAAGCAGGGCAUCUUUGGGAAAUAUGAAAAACCCAAGUUUGUGCAGUGUCUGGCCUUCCUUGAUAACGGUGACAUUCUGACCGGAGACUCAGGAGGUGUCCUGCUUAUCUGGACCCGCAGCACAGCGGACCCACCACCAGGCAAAGGACUUAAAGCAUUUCAGAUCAGCCGUCAGAUCAAGGCCCACGAUGGCAGUGUGUUUACACUGUGUCAGCUGAGGAACGGCACCCUACUGACUGGAGGAGGUAAAGACCACAAGAUCAUCCUGUGGGACCACAACCUCAACCCCGAGAGAGACAUCGAGGUUCCAGAUCAAUUCGGAACCAUUCGAGCCGUCGCAGAGGGGAAGGGAGAGCAGUUCCUCGUUGGCACGUCACGCAACUUCGUCCUGAGGGGAACUUUUAAUGACGGCUUUCAGGUGGAGGUGCAGGGUCACACAGAUGAGCUGUGGGGUUUGGCCAGUCAUCCAUAUAAAGACCUUUUCCUCACCUGUGCACAGGACAGACAGGUGUGUCUGUGGAACUCAGUGGACCAUUCACUGGAAUGGACUAGACUGCUGGACGAGCACGGUCACUGCGCAGACUUCCACCCUAGCGGUGCUGUGGUUGCCAUUGGCACUCAUUCAGGGAAGUGGUACGUUCUGGAUGCUGAGACUAGGGACCUGGUGGCCAUCCACACAGACGGCAACGAGCAGUUGUCAGUGAUGCGCUACACUGUGGAUGGUACACUGCUGGCAGUGGGAUCACAUGAUAACUUCAUUUACCUCUACACAGUAUCGGAUAACGGACGCAAGUACAGCAGAUACGGAAAAUGCUCUGGACAUUCCAGCUACAUUACGCAUCUUGACUGGUCCCCCGACAACAAGUUCAUUAUGUCCAACUCAGGAGACUAUGAAAUCCUCUACUGGGACAUUCCAAAUGGCUGUAAGCUGAUUCGUAACCGCUCUGAUUGUAAGGAUAUCGACUGGGCUACAUACACAUGUGUUCUGGGAUUCCAUGUCUUCGGAGUGUGGCCCGAGGGUUCUGACGGAACAGACAUCAACGCUCUGGUCAGAUCUCACAACAGGAAAGUCAUCGCUCUGGCUGAUGAUUUCUGCAAGGUGCAUCUGUUCCAGUACCCCUGCUCCAGACCUAAGGCCCCAAGUCAUAAGUACAGUGCCCACAGCAGUCACGUGACCAACGUUAGCUUCAUGCACAACGAUAGGCACCUGGUGUCGACAGGUGGCAAGGACACCAGCAUCAUGCAGUGGCGCUGCGUGGGCAUGAGCGAUCCUCUGCAGAACUCAAGCACACGAGUCCAGGCCCCCGUGGCUGCUGUUCCCACCUCUCUGCCGAUCACCAGAAUGGAUCCCAUCUCCAAUACACCACCCCCGACCCCACCUGAGUUGCUGGAUGCCACCCCUAAUGGACAGCAAGAAGACCACCAAACUACACCUUCCGCAGAUGAGCCCACACCCACGUCCGACAGCACCGCGAGCCCAAAGGACAGUCUGGAGCCAAGCGAUGACACAGCCACGCCCAGCGACGAGGGCACACCCUUUACUCCACCCUCUUAAAUCUGGUGUCCGAGGUGAUUAGCCCUGGUCUCCAUUCGAGUUCUCCACCCACAGGCACUAGGCUUACCGCGAAGGCUGUAGUGCAUGCACAGGGGCUCCUUAAGGUUUUAAUCUUUUCAGGUUCUUUCUAUGUUUCUUUCAACACGUGUUUGUAUGUCGUUAAUCCGAGAGGGAGAAAAGAGGCAAAAAUGAAUGAAGUAUCCUUGUGUUGCCCAGGAGGAAUCGUGCUUCAAGUAUGUAGAUAAAAUAGCUGUCGCAAACUGACACUAGUAUGCCCGGAUACACUGAUACACACAAACACUACACAAACAUGAGGUUUACUCACACAUACACACGGGGGAACAUACCAAAACACAAAAGAAAAAAACAAGGAUUUAGUAAAUUAUGGAGUGAACCUUAACAUAGAAUAAAAUAUCUGCCAGUAUAAAUGCAAAGUAUAGCUGAAAUGAGUGAAAUUAAAUAUAGGCUUAUGUUAAGAUGUUUAAACUAAUCAUUUACUCUGUUUUGUGAAUAAUGAGGAGUUUCAAAGUAUUUUUGUUGUUGUUGUGAAAUGCCUGCAUAGCAUCUUUACCUGAGCCAAGAAUCUAUUGAAAAUGCCAGGCAGGUUAACACUGACUCAUUGAAUGGACUCAAACUCACUCACUCAACUCAUUGGCUUCUACACAAGUUAGCAUCAUCAUGGACAAAUUUUAAGCAUGGCAUGAAGCUAAUAAUUAAAUGUUCAUAAUCAACCAGGUAUAUUAUCAAUCAGUCUAUUAACACAUAUGCACAAACACACACAUACACACACAUGUAUACACACGUCCACACACAGUUUUUCUGAGGCUGCAGUUUGUUAAAAUUUUCUUCUGGACUUCAUCUCGUGCGUCUCUGCAGCUCUGGCCAGCACAGUGUAUGCAGAUCAGAUCAGCAGGCUGUCUCGACGUAUUCAGCAUGGAUUGUCUCGCAAAAACAUCCUCGAACAGACUUCAUCUAAACGCUUCAUGCCCAUGUCUCUUUCCGUUCGUGAUUCAUUUUCAGACGCUUAUUUUCCCCUUUAAUCUAUUCAUUGAACUGUUUGUUUUUUUUUUAUCUUGAGAGUAGAUUAAAUGAGUCUUAAACGUGUGUGAUUGUGUGUGUAUGAGAUCAUGUGCUGAUGGAUGAGCUGACUUUUUUCUCUUCUUUCAUCUUUCAUUCCACAAGAUGAUGUUGCACCUUUUAUUUCCUCCCUCCCACAGGAACUCAGGAUCAUUCGAUAGGUCACCUUCCUAGUCAUUGUGGGAGAGAGAUCUGUCUUUGUUCUCCUUUCACUUUCUCAGUGUUUUUCACUACUUCAGUAAUGCAUUGUGAUAAUGAUAUUGGACUAAAGGAUAACAUUUUGAAGUGUUUUAAGCAUGAGCUGCAGCACAGAAGAGCAGUCCACAGCAACACUCUUAGUGGCUCUUGACUCUCACGGUUUCUUCUCGGUUACAGAGACGAGUUGUUUACUAUAAAGAAAGAGUAAAGCACCAAUUACUGACAGAAGCUGCCUCCAACUUAAUGGUGAUUCUAAACACAGAACUGUUUUCAACAUGUGCUCAUCACCUUCCCUUUGUUAUUUAUAUUUUUUAGACCACACAAAAUGCUAAGGUGCUGCAACUAGAGAUGGAUUUCAAAAGAAAAAAAAAUCACUGCUCUUUCUGGCUUAAUUGUAAAACAUCCUGCUCACUCUUAUAACCUCUUACUCACUACAGCUCACUCAACUCCCUCCUGCUUAUUCUUAUAACCUCUUAUUUACUUAUAAAAUCUCUUACUCACUCCUCCUGCUCAGUCUAAUAUCCUCUUUCUCACUUUUGUAACCUCUUACUAACUCCCGCUUACUAUUAUAUCCUCCUGCUCAUUCUUAGAACCUCUUACUGAAUCUUAUAACCUCUUACUAACGCUGAUAUAACAUUUUACUGGCUCCUCCUUCCUGGUUGAAUCACCCACAUGUAGCUAACACACAGUUAUUUGAAAGGAAGGUGAUAAGUGUGUGCUGAAAACAUUAAAAUGCAGGCCUAAGAAGGUCUACACAAAAUAACCCCUGCAGCCUAGUCUCAGUGUUGCUGGUGUAGCUGGCGACAUCUUCUGUACACAUGCAGCAUUGCGAGGUAAUGAACGGGACAUGAACAUUUUAGUAUUGAAUGUUCGGGAUGAGUAUGUAUAAAGGCAUGAGUCUGCAUGAUUUCUCUUUAAAUGGUAAGAAUAAUGAUGAAGGCAUUAGGAGUAUUAAGAGUAAUGGGGGGUUUCUAAAGAUUUUGGUAUGUGAAUGAUGAACGUAUGCUGUGUUUUAAUGGGUUUUUAUACACAAAGUUCUGAGUGUAUUUGAUACUGGUGUAGUGUAAGUGGUGUGCAUGUUCACAAAAGCCAUUUCGGCAUUAAAAGUGUUUAAUAGGUGGAAUGUAAAGAUGUAAAGAAGAUGAUUUGCUACCAAGUGGUCCAGUGUGGUGUAUCGCUGCAGCAGUGCUGAUAAUACAGCCGCUCUUCUCCAGCUGGUCUGCAGUUUUUCUAACCUUUUGGUUUAUAAGGUUUUUUUGGGAUUGCCAAGGUUUUUUUUUUUUAUAUAUAUAUAUAUAUAUGAUAGAUUUGGUGUUUUCAGAAAGAAUGCAUCUGUUCGAUCUCUAUAGACUUUUUUGAACCUGCUUUUGCUGUAAUACUUAGCUUUAUUGCAAAAUAGCACUAUUCCUUUGCUCAGGGUUGAACCUGGUCACCUUCCUCUCCUACUUCUGCCUCUGUGUUGUACCACCUCUUUAAAAUGACAGCAAAUUUACACACACACACACACACACAACACAACACAACAUGCCCUUGGUCUUUGUGACCGGCAUGAGCUUCAGGCUAAGUUCAGGGAUUUCACAGGCUGCCAUUUCCAUACACCAUUAUUUGUACAUUCACAUGUGGAUACUAUCUGUAUAUAAUAGUUCCUCAGUAUGUAUAUAACUCAACAGGAAUGCAUCCUGUCCAAUAACUCAGCCAUGUUCACCAAGAAAAACCUUUUGGCUGGUUUGCUGCAGAACCACACUGAAAACCUAGCUGAUAAGACAUCUGAUAACGACACGAUCAUGAACCUGCAGUUAGAAAGCAGCUUUGAUGUAAAGUUGAUGCAUUUCUCAGUCAGUUCGAUUCACUCAGACACAGUUUGCAUCUAGGACCCGUACUUGUGAAACUGGCCUGUCAUUUUUAUUUUAUUUUUAUGCAUCCAGUGAAGAUGACAUUCACAACUCUCUCACCUGACAUUGGUGUGUAAAUAAUGGGCUUCAUUAGGAAUGUUUCUUGAAUGUCACGAGUGGCCUUGCUAUGUAUCUUCUUUGGUUGAGUGUGGAAUAUGGUAUUGGUAAAUAUAUUGUAUUUUUUGGCUUUUGAAGGGGUGUUUCAUUUAAUGACAGCAGGUAUGACAUCCAGAAGUACUUUUUAUAUCAUUGAAAUGGCACUGUGGACAAAUGCAGAGAUUUUUCAUUGGCCAGGCCAGAUCCAUGUCUGACAUUCAGUAAUCAGACUGAUUCAUUUUUUAUUGUUUUUUUUUUUUUCUUUUUUUAAAGGUCUGUAUAUCUGAAGGGUUUUGACAGACAUUUACAGUGCGUGAAAUGGCUUUGUAUUAUUAAAAAAAGUGUGGGAGAGAAAGGAAGAAGGAAAGAGUGAGAAUGUAAAACUGGAGUGGAAAAUUAAAACUCUUCUGGAAUGUUCUGGAUCUCCAGCUUGUGGCUUUUUUCACACCAGGAAACCCUGGAAUCAGUUUCUCCAAAUGCUUUCCCAAUUGCCAGUUUGCUCGAUCAGAUUCACAUUGGAUGAGUGGGAAAGAAGCCGGUUUUCAUGUUAAAAGCUUUGUGAUAAACGUGAUGAAGUUGGUUGCAGCGAUGAUAAUGAAAACCUAUGCUGACAAAUAUGAACCUUUUUUCUUGUAACAGUGUUUGAGCCAUUAUGUCUUUCAUGCAUUCCUGUCAAUGGGCAGAAAAAUACUAAAGAUUUUAGAAAAUAAACAUCCAUUUUAAAAUAA